AUGCAGCUGCAGUUCCGGAGCUGGAUGCUGGCUGCGCUCACGCUGCUCGUGGUCUUCCUCAUCUUCGCGGACAUCUCGGAGAUCGAAGAAGAAAUCGGCGCCGAUACCGAGACCGAGACCUUUCGAGAAAGUCUGUACCGUCGCCGGGGGGCCUUCGGGGGCCCCCAGGCGCGCUGUCUCGCCCCGGCUUUUCUGGGAUCUCUCCAGAGGGAUUCUGGAGGCAGAGGUACAAUCAGAUCAGCUGUGAACAGCUUACAUAGCAAAUCUAAUAGAGCUGAAGUUGUAAUAAAUGGUUCCUCGUCGCCAGCUGUUGUUGACAGAAGUAAUGAAAGCAUUAAGCACAACAUCCAGCCCGCCUCGGCCAAGUGGAGACACAACCAGACGCUGUCUCUAAGGAUCAGGAAGCAGAUCUUGAAGUUCUUGGACGCUGAAAAGGACAUUUCUGUCCUCAAGGGGACCCUGAAGCCCGGAGACAUUAUUCAUUACAUCUUCGACCGUGACAGCACAAUGAACGUGUCCCAGAACCUCUACGAUCUGCUCCCCAGAACGUCUCCGCUGAAGAACAAGCACUUCCAGACUUGUGCCAUCGUGGGCAACUCGGGGGUCUUGCUGAACAGCGGCUGCGGGCAGGAGAUUGACAUGCACAGCUUUGUCAUAAGGUGCAACCUGGCCCCCGUGCAGGAAUAUGCCCGGGAUGUGGGGCUCAAGACAGACCUGGUGACCAUGAACCCCUCCGUCAUCCAACGGGCCUUUGAGGACUUGGUCAACGCCACUUGGCGGGAGAAGUUGCUGCAGCGACUGCACAGUCUCAACGGCAGCAUCCUGUGGAUUCCCGCCUUCAUGGCCAGGGGCGGCAAGGAGCGCGUUGAGUGGGUCAACGAGCUCAUCCUGAAGCACCGCGUCAACGUGCGAACUGCAUACCCCUCUCUGCGCCUGCUGCACGCCGUCCGCGGAUACUGGCUGACCAACAAAGUCCACAUCAAAAGACCCACCACCGGUCUCUUGAUGUACACCCUGGCCACACGUUUCUGCAACCAGAUCUACCUCUAUGGCUUCUGGCCCUUUCCACUAGAUCAGAACCAGAACCCCGUCAAGUACCACUAUUACGACAGCCUCAAGUAUGGCUACACCUCCCAGGCCAGCCCCCACACCAUGCCUUUGGAGUUCAAGGCCCUCAAGAGCCUGCAUGAGCAGGGGGCUUUGAAACUGACUGUUGGCCAGUGUGACGGGGCCACGCCAGCUAGCCUGGGUGGCCCCGAGUCCCAGCCUGCAUCCUGUCCCUACCACCUGGUCCACCACCUUGUGACGACAGUGGGCAUGGCCAUCCUCGGAGCAGGAGACCCUUCCAGUCACCUCCUGUUGGCCGUUAGUCCCCAGUACUCUGCCAUCACCCACCCUGGAGCCCCCGAGACCCCUAUGCCCCUCAAGUCCCCAGAUGACCACCGCCCUCCAGCAGCCACCUCCUUGGCUGAUGGAGCCAUCUAA